AUUACCCGCCAAAAUUGAUUUUCAUUUUCUUUCUUCCAAAACCAAAAAUGGAAGCUAAUACUGUUCUUCCUCCUCUGAUCUUGAUCUUCAUCUCCUCCAUUUUUGCACUGACAAAAGCUUUACAAUACCCUCAAGAACUCAUUACUUCCAUUAACCCCACAACUUUACCGUCUUCAAUUUCUGUGUAUCCAACUACCGGCAUUACCAUUCCCCAAUUUCCUCAUCCUCCUCCAUUGGUCCCUGCAAUGUUCGUCAUAGGCGAUUCCUCUGUCGAUUCAGGCACCAAUAACUUCCUCGGCACUCUUGCUAGAGCUGAUCGCCUUCCCUACGGCCGAGAUUUCGAUACUCACCGCCCUACCGGCCGUUUCUCCAAUGGAAGAAUCCCCGUUGAUUAUCUUGCUGCUCAUCUGGGACUUCCAUUCGUACCAAGCUUUCUUGGGCAAUCUGGAAGUGUUGGUGAUAUGCUUCAUGGAGUGAAUUAUGCUUCUGCUGGAGCUGGAAUCAUAUUCACAAGUGGAUCAGAAUUGGGUCAAAGGAUUUCCUUUACACAACAAAUUCAACAGUUCACAGAUACAUAUGAGAAAUUUGUGUUAAGUAUGGGAGAACAGGCUGCAGCUGAUUUAAUCUCAAACUCAAUCUUUUACAUUUCGAUUGGUAUCAAUGACUACAUACAUUACUAUCUUCGUAAUGUGUCUAAUGUUCAAACCAUCUAUCAACCAUGGACUUUCAACAAGUUCUUAGCUUCUAUAGUUAGGCAACAACUCAAGAACUUGUACAACUUAAAAGCUAGAAAGAUGGUUAUAAUGGGGCUGCCACCAAUAGGCUGUAGUCCUCACUACUUGUGGCAAUUCGGUAGCCGAAAUGGGGAAUGUAUAGAAGAGAUAAACGACAUGAUAAUGGAGUUUAACUUUGUCAUGAGAUACACCAUUGAAGAGCUCGGUAAGAAGCUUCGAAAUUCCAAUCUAAUCUUCUGUGAUGUGCUUGAAGGUGCCAUGGAUAUACUAAAGAACCCUGCAAGUUAUGGUUUCAAUGUGACUACUGAGGCUUGUUGUGGUUUAGGCAAGUACAAAGGUUGGAUUAUGUGUCUUUCACCAGAAAUGGCUUGUACUGAUGCUUCUAACUACAUAUGGUGGGAUCAGUUUCAUCCUACCGAUGCAGUGAACGCCAUCAUCGCCGACAAUGUUUGGAACGGCCGGUACUCAAAAACAUGCUAUCCCAUGAAUCUACAGGAUAUGGUAUAAUGCAGAAGAGGUUUCAGAAGAUUGGAAUUCUUUUCCAAGUGGCUGCUAAAAUCAUUGCAUUGGUUUUUCAGUUUUUACCGAGCUUUCUUUUCCAAAUUAUAUUCACAAGGAAUCUUAGAAUGUAAAACCAUGUUGUAUAAAAAUUCAGUGUAGCCUACUUUUGUGAUGUUGAACAAGGUCAAAGGAUUUUCCUUUACAUAAAUACAGAUACAUAUGAGAAAUUUCCAUCAUU